UCUGUGUAAGCUCGAAAUCUCGCGAUUGACUUCUUGAGAGGGAUUUCAGACUUCAGUACGCGCUCAUUCGCGUGAGUGACUUAACAUUGUUAGUGUGUGGUGCACUUCCCUUUGGGGAGGGAGCUGAGAUGUCUAGCCGCGGAAUAAGGUUCGUGGUCACGAUAUUGGGAAUAUGGUUUACCGUCUGUGAUGCACAAUACCAAGUUUACAGUAGAGCUACAAAUCGAACAGGCAUAUAUAGUCAGCCAAAUGCCGAAUCAUAUUACGAUAAAAACUCUGAAACAACAGAUUCACCAGGAGAAGUACAGACUGCAGACCCCUACAAUGACUAUUAUAGACGAUACCAGUCGAAUAGAAUAGAUCAAAAUGGCGAAAGGUAUCGAGAAGAAGGACCUUUGAGAGGAGAUCAGAGUAGUAUAUCUGAGAGUGAAACAGAUCCUAACAAUAUCCAAAACGGAUAUUCAAACGGUUACUACAGACCUGAUGAUUAUUCCAGUGGAAACGAGGCUUCACGUGGGGAACAAUCAACACAAAGAUCAUACACCCAAUCAGAGUACGAAUCAAGAUAUGGUAAUCGAUAUGGCCAAAAUGAAUCCGAAAAAACAGAUUCAGGAAGUUCCGGAGGACGAAGUAGUUACGGUUCCAGACAAUAUAGUUCCGGUGGAUCAAAUACAAAUUAUGGAUCAGAAGGGUAUGCAUCAGGCCAAUCGGGAGGCUCAUCCGGUAACUAUGGACCAGGCAGUUACAAUGCAGGUCAGGCUAGCGGUGGUGGAAACAGCGAUAAAUAUGGUUCUGGCAGUUACGGUUCUAGUCCAUCUGGAGGAAAUUCAGCUACGAGCUACGAAUCAUCGAGAAGUUACAGCUAUAGCCAAUCAGGAGGUUCUUCCAGACCAGGAGGGUAUGGGUCCGGUCAGUCAGGAGGUUAUGGUUCCGGUCAGGCAGGAGGUUAUGGUUCCGGUCAAUCUGGAGGUUAUGGAGCUGGACAAUCUGGAGGUUAUGGAUCUGGACAAUCCGGGGGUUAUGAAUCCGGACAAUCCGGGAGUUAUGGAUCUGGAGGGUAUGGUCAAGCAGGAGGUGAAUCGGGUGUUGCCGGCUCUCGCAGUGGGGUUAAACAAGGCAAUAGGAAUUAUGACAGCAGAAAUACUUACAGUGGAUCUUCAGCAGAAUCAUCCUACAAUACUUACGAAAGUAGCCCUUAUGCUAAUAGAAGACCCUACUCCAGCAGUUAUGACAUAUACGAUGCUCCCGGAAGUGCAUUGGCAACACGAAAUGGCAGUGAAAAAUGCAUACCAAAAUGCUUCGCGCAAAAGGGAGAUAGGGGUUUCCAAGGAAUGGCGGGGGCACCCGGACAGAAAGGACUUCGAGGAUUUCCGGGCGAAGAAGGCAAUAUGGGACCAAAGGGAGACAAAGGAGACUCGGGUCCGAUGGGACCAAGGGGCCCCAAAGGCAACAGAGGAAAACAAGGAUUACCUGGAUAUCCUGGAAUAAAUGGAAUAAAUGGAAUUCAAGGACCCCCCGGUCAAGCCGGUAUUCCCGGUAUGGAUGGAUGUAAUGGAACAGAUGGAGGAGAUGGUGCCAAAGGAGAUUAUGGGGAACCUGGUCCAAGAGGAUACCCCGGUUUGCCAGGAGUUAAAGGUAACAAAGGUGAAGCUGCACGUUGUGAAAUAAAUCUGAAGGGACAGAAAGGAGAACCUGGAAGAGAUGGUGUAACCGGUCCUGCUGGUCUUCCAGGACCAACAGGUCCAAUUGGGCCACCCGGACCACUUGGUGAUGUGGGACCCCAGGGUUUCAGAGGUCCUCCAGGACCAAAAGGUCAGAAAGGUCAACCCGGUUUAGGAGCAGAAGGUCAGAAGGGACAGAAAGGAGAAGUUGGUCUUAGAGGUCCCAAAGGAGAAUCUGGUAUAGCUAAGUGGUCGAAAAAUGGUACGGCUACUGUUGGACCGAAGGGUGAGCCUGGCGUUCCUGGAGAUAGAGGUACAAUGGGGCCUCCCGGAGAAAAAGGAGAAAGGGGCAUUGAUGGUGAUUAUGGAUUCCCUGGUCAAGCAGGUGCAAAAGGAGAGAAGGGCUUACCAGGCCCAGCAGGACCUAGAGGACGUGAAGGUUACGCUGGCCCGCCAGGUCCUCCGGGCCAGAAGGGAGACAGAGGUAGUGACGGAUUACAUGGUUUACCAGGUCGUGCAGGAAUGAAAGGAGAACCAGGUAGAGAGGGUGCUCCCGGUUAUCAGGGACUUCCUGGUCCUCAAGGACCUCCAGGAGGAGGAAACGGUAGACCUGGACCACCAGGACCUAUGGGUCCAAGAGGUUACCCUGGCCCUACAGGACCAAAGGGGUUAGACGGCUUCAAUGGACAACCGGGACAAAUGGGCCCUCCUGGUCCGAAAGGAGGCCCAGGUCUUCCUGGAAGACAAGGACCAGAAGGACCUGCAGGUGAUAAAGGAGAUAAGGGCGACCAAGGAUUGUCAGGUUUUCCAGGUACGGAUGGACGAAUUGGAUUUCCGGGUGAACCAGGACCACAAGGGCUUCAAGGACUUCCUGGUGACAGUGGACAAUCUAUAAUAGGACCAAAAGGAGAUGCUGGUGAACCAGGCAGAGAUGGAGAUAAAGGACAAAAAGGUGAACGUGGUUUUACUGGCGCAAGAGGAGCACCUGGUGAUUCUCUCUUUGGAAAACCGGGCAAAGAUGGUCCUACCGGAAUGACAGGUGAAAAAGGGUAUCCAGGAAGACCAGGUGUGCCAGGUAGCCCCGGUUCACCUGGUGAAAAGGGUGAUAUUGGAGGAAGAUGUAUUGAUUGUAUGCCUGGCUUACCUGGAAUAAAGGGAGAUCGAGGAUAUGAUGGACGAGAUGGAGAUAUGGGACCUAGGGGACCACCUGGACCUAUAGGUUAUCCUGGAGAACCUGGUUUGAAUGGACCUCCAGGAGUUAGAGGGUCUCCUGGUAAACCUGGUAAAGAUGGAGAUAAUGGUGCUCCCGGAAAUCCAGGAAAUCCUGGAAUACCAGCUAUAGUUCCGGAAAAUCUUGUUACACCACCGAAAGGAGACAAGGGUGAACGAGGAACACCUGGCCUACCAGGACCUCAAGGAAGACCUGGAUCUCAAGGAACACCAGGAGAACGAGGUCUACCGGGACCACGAGGACUAAAAGGAGACACUGGUGCUAAGGGUUAUUCCGGAAUGGAUGGUAGACCAGGAAGAGACGGACCAGCUGGACCAAGAGGAGAGAAAGGUUACAGCAUUAAGGGAGAUACCGGUUUUCCAGGUGACCCAGGCUACAACGGUCCGAAAGGAGAACCAGGAUUUCCAGGACUACAGGGAGAACCCGGCAAUUGUCCCGCAAAUAUAACCGCCCUGAUGAAAGGAAACCAAGGACCUCCAGGUGCACAAGGUCACCCAGGUAUUCCAGGUAUCGAUGGAGAACGGGGAGAUAAAGGAGAUAAGGGAGAGUCUGGGCCUGGAGGUUAUCCAGGUAGCGUAGGACCUCCUGGACCUGUUGGAAUGAGAGGUCUUCCAGGACCUAGAGGUGAAAAAGGUGAAAUCGGACCUAUGGGAUUCCCCGGAGAACCAGGAAGAGAUGGAGUUAGAGGUCAAUCAGGAUUCCCAGGAAUGAAAGGUUCGAAGGGUGAACAAGGAAUAUCGUUAGUCGGGCCAGUAGGACCUCCUGGUUUACCAGGAUAUCCAGGAGAGAAAGGUUUACAAGGAUUACCGGGUAAAACCGGAGCACCUGGUGCACCAGGUUUACAAGGAAUGAUGGGUGAAAAAGGUGACCAAGGUGUUCGAGGUCUAGAUGGAUUAUAUGGUGCAAAGGGUGUGAAAGGAGAACCAGGACCGUUAGGACCUCAAGGAAUUGGAGGAACGCCAGGAAGACCAGGUUUUCCAGGACCUAAAGGAGAACCAGGGCCGCAAGGAUUGCCAGGCAGACAAGGAUUACAAGGGUAUCCAGGUGUAAAAGGAGAACAAGGUAUUCCUGGAAUUGAAGGAGCAAAAGGAUUGAAAGGAUCUACUGGAAGACUCGGUGCACCUGGUGCACCAGGUAUGGAUGGUAGACCCGGCCCAAAGGGAGAUAAAGGUGACCGUGGAUUACAGGGCUCUUUGGGACCACAAGGUUUAGUCGGAAUGCCUGGUGCAGCUGGACGCCCAGGUGAAAAGGGAGAUCAUGGUCCAGUUGGAGAACCAGGUUUGCCAGGACCUAGAGGACCACCCGGUCUCAAAGGAAAUGCAGGAAUACCCGGUUUCCCUGGACAGAAAGGAGAACCAGGACCAGUUUCACAGAAAGGACAAAAAGGAGAACCUGGAGUUCCAGGAUUGCGAGGUGCACCUGGUUUCGCAGGACAACCUGGAUUCCCAGGACCUAAAGGUUUGGAUGGAUUACCAGGUAAAAGUAUUCCCGGACGCCAAGGAGAGAAAGGAGAUAUGGGACGCCCUGGUUUGGAUGGAAUGCCAGGGCCGCAAGGUAUCAAAGGAGAACAGGGUGUACCUGGUUACUCCGGACCUAAAGGAGAACGUGGUUUCCCUGGAGAUCGUGGAGAACCAGGUCUCGACGGACUGAAUGGACCACAAGGAAUAAAAGGAGAUAGAGGAUUCCCAGGAAUUGAAGGUUUACCUGGAGAAAAAGGUGAUAUAUGUCUUCCCGGUCAAGCAGGAUUUGAUGGACCUAAAGGAGAAAGAGGUUACCCUGGACCAAUGGGCCCAGUAGGUUUUCCCGGACAAAAAGGAGAAUUUGGAGAUCGUGGUUCACCAGGUCCUCUGGUAUCAAUAAAGGGACAGAAAGGAGAAUUGGGGCCACCAGGACCUUUUGGUCUUUCUGGAGAUAAGGGCGAUCUUGGUUUACCUGGUUUGGAUGGUCGACCGGGCGAGAAAGGAGAUGCAGGAUUUCCAGGAUUGAAAGGUUCGAUGGGUUUCCCAGGACAACCUGGUCAAAAAGGUAACGCUGGACUACAUGGGCUUCCUGGUGCACCUGGCUUAACGAUCAAAGGUGAAAAAGGUUUACCAGGUCUACCUGGUAAAAACGGAAGAGAAGGUCGCAUAGGUCUGCAAGGAGAAAAGGGAGAUAAAGGUCUGCAAGGUUUGAUCGGACAACAAGGUCUUCCUGGUCUACCAGGCCCAAUAGGUCCAUCUGGACCUAAGGGUGAUAGAGGUAUGACAGGUCCUCCAGGCCAGCAGGGCCCAUUAGGACCCCCAGGAAGAGAUGGCUUGAACGGAUUGCCUGGAAGGAUGGGAGCCAAAGGAGAUCGUGGUCCACCUGGUUUGAUAGGAGCUCCUGGUCAAAAAGGAGAUCGUGGAGAAACUGGGUUGAUUGGUCUGACAGGAGCUAUCGGCGAGAAAGGUGACCGCGGUUAUGAAGGAAGAGCCGGUCUCGAAGGUCCUAUGGGACCUCCGGGAGAAAAGGGAGACACAGGAUUCCCCGGCCAAGCAGGUCUAGCCGGAAUACCUGGUUCUAAAGGACAAAAGGGUGAAGCUGCUCUACCCGGAGCUCCCGGGCCUAAAGGAGAACGAGGUCUUCCUGGAAUCCCAGGAAAACCAGGUGAACGUGGAGACACAGGUUUCGACGGAGUUGUUGGACUUGCAGGAGAGAGAGGAGAGAAAGGAGAACGUGGUUUCGAGGGAAGGAUAGGUCUUCAAGGUAUACAAGGUGAAAAGGGAGAUAGAGGAUUCGACGGUAUAGCUGGCUUAGCCGGUGCUCAAGGAUUCCCUGGACUGAAGGGAGAAGCUGGUGCACCAUGUGAAGUCACCCCUGAUUACCUUACUGGAACUUUAUUGGUCAGACAUAGCCAGAGCGUGGAGGUACCUACUUGUGAAGCAGGACAUGUGAAAUUGUGGGACGGUUAUUCCCUUCUUUAUAUUGAGGGUAACGAGAAGGCCCACAGUCAGGAUUUGGGUAUUGCCGGAUCCUGCAUAAGGAAGUUUUCGACUAUGCCAUUCUUGUUCUGCGAUAUGAAUAACGUGUGCAAUUAUGCCAGUAGAAACGAUAAGUCAUAUUGGUUAUCGACUAGUGCUCCAAUUCCGAUGAUGCCGGUCGAAGAAGAGGGUAUCAGAGAGUACAUUUCAAGAUGUGUCGUUUGCGAAGCACCAGCGAACGUUAUUGCAGUCCACAGUCAGUCACUAUCCUUGCCGGAAUGCCCCUAUGGAUGGAGUUCCCUCUGGAUCGGAUACAGUUUCGUAUUGCAUACAGGAGCAGGUGCGGAAGGAGGAGGACAGUCACUAGCAAGUCCAGGUUCUUGUCUUGAAGAUUUCAGAGCGACUCCGUUCAUAGAAUGUAAUGGAGCUGGUGGAACCUGCCACUAUUUCGCGAACACUCUCAGUUUCUGGUUGGCCACCAUCGAGAGCAAUCAGCAAUUCCAGAAACCAGUCAAGCAAACUCUCAAGGCCGGAAACGUCAGAGACAGGGUUGGAAGAUGCCAAGUCUGCAUCAGAAACACAUAGAGAUCAAUAUUUACCGAUAGAAUCUAAAUCACAAAUAACGCAACAGUUCAAAUUGCGGUGUGUUCAACCUCAUAGUGUUCCUUCAGGGAAAGUACUAUCAGUCAUCUGCGAAGGUGACCCUGUACAGACCCGAAACGUGGUCAUAUAUUUUACGAUAAGCUUUUUAACUCUUAAAACUGCCGUGCCAUGAUGUAACAAUAAAAAGCAUGUAAAGAAUUUUGUAUAGUAUUUAGUAGAAUAAGUUGUAUGUAUGUAAUAAUGAAUUUUUUCAUCCUUCAGUGCAAUCGUAAAUGUUCUCGAUUUUAAUCUAUCCUUUAGUUAAUUUUCCAGAGAAAUAUUUUUGUAAUUACCCUUGAUGGUGCUAUUGCUGUUGGUUUACGUAUACGUUUCAGGUUUGCAUUUGGAAUUUCUGUUCAACCUAAUGACAUUCCUUUCCAUUCUUUAGUUACUUCUAGUCAACAUGUGUCUUUUAGAAAAUUGUUAGUUUCUGCUUGAAUUUACAUAUUCAUAUUCAAUUUCUUAUCGAGCACUGCCAUUGUAAAAUAAAUACUUACUACUUUCAAUAA